AUGAACAGGUCCACCUCGGAGGAGAACUUCGAGUGGAUCGAGACGCCUCCGGCACCUUCUCCCACCACUCCUUCCUUCGAUUGUGGCGUCAAGACGACCUCGUAUCCGGCCAUUGCCAAUGCUCCCCUCCCCGCAGAAGGACCCAGCUCCGACCACUUCUCGAAUUCGCUGCUCAUCACGCUCCUCGUUGGCGUUCCCGCCUACUUCACCUGGAGUCUGGGUGGAGGCUUCAAGACAUGGCUCUUUCUCGCCUUGCUCGUGGAUCUCCCGAUCCUCGCGGCCUUCUGGAUCCUCACGUCUGAGUUUGCUCCCCGAAAGAACGAGAAGGCCAAGCUGCCAGACAAGCCCAUCGAACACUACCUGACGUUCCACAAGGAGGAGGACCGAGACAGCUACUAUGGCAGGCAUAAGAUCCCCAUGGAGACGUUUCAUGAGAAGUACUUCAAUGGCGAGGUCGACUUCAACGGCGACUGUUUGGAGAUCAUGGAGAUGCGCCAUGACUGGGCGAAUUUCCGCUUUACCUUUGGAUUGAUCAAGCACUUCCUCCUCGGCAUGAUUCCGGAGCUCAUCAUGCAUACGAGGUCCCAAGACGAAGAGCAGGUGCGCGACCACUAUGACCGCGGCGACGACUUCUACGGCUGGUUCCUCGGCCCUCGAAUGAUCUAUACCUCUGGCAUCAUCUCCGAUAUCAACCGCGAGGAGUCUCUCGAGCAGCUCCAGGACAACAAGAUGGCUAUUGUUUGCGAGAAGAUCGGUCUGCAGAAGGGCGAGAGGAUGCUCGAUAUCGGCUGUGGCUGGGGCACCUUGGCCAAGUUCGCUUCGACCAAAUACGGUGCACAUGUUACCGGCAUCACCCUUGGGCGUAACCAGACCGCCUGGGGCAACAGCGGCCUCAGGAAAGCAGGUGUCGGUGAGGAACAGUCCAACAUCCUGUGCAUGGACUACCGCGAUAUCCCGGUCCCCUCCGGCGGCUACAACAAGAUUACCUGUCUCGAAAUGGCUGAACACGUUGGCGUCCGACACUUCAGCUCCUUCCUCCGCCAGGUCUACGACAUGCUCGACGACGACGGCGUCUUCUUCCUCCAGAUCGCCGGUCUUCGCAAGGCCUGGCAGUUCGAGGAUCUCACCUGGGGUCUCUUCAUGAACAAGUACGUCUUCCCCGGCGCUGACGCAUCCUGCCCCCUUGGCUGGGUCGUCGACAAGCUCGAGGGCGCCGGCUUCGAGAUCAAGAUGAUCGACACCAUUGGCGUCCACUACUCUGCGACCCUUUGGAGAUGGUACCGCAACUGGAUCGCCAAUAAGGACAAGAUCACGGCCAAGUACGGCAAGCGCUGGUUCCGCAUCUGGGAGUAUUUCCUCGCCUAUUCGACCAUCGCUUCUCGCCAGGGUACCGCUACGUGCUUCCAGAUUACGCUUGUGAAGAACCUCAACGCAAAUCACCGCGUCGAAGGCAUCCCGACUCACUUCUCCCUCUCUGCGGCCCUGGCUUCAAGCAAGGACAAGGGUAUCAAGGGCUUGUAGAGCUUUGGGUUCUGGCAUCAUCACCAUCAGCAUCGUAUCACCCGCGAUGGGCUAGACUUUUACCAAUUGGCGGCUCGGUGUUCGUGAAGUAAUGGCAUUUUGCGCGGUGCUCGGCGUGGCUCUUACUUGAGCUUGAUAGUAGAGGUAGCAUAAUAAUACAAUCUUGACAUACCUCACAUGGCACG